AGGAUGAGUUGCAUUAAGAGAGAGUGGCACGGUUGCGUGUAUUUUAGCAGAAUUCUAGCUCCUGCACAUCAUCUUAUUGAGGAGGCUUAUACUCCUGCUUGGACCCAUUAUGUGGAUGACCAGAUGGAGUUGCAUUUCGGGUGGAUUUACAUGGACCUAAUAAAUGGACCUUGGGCGCUGAAGCCAGGAGACGACGCUAAAGCCUACCAGCCCUGUACUGCCUAUGAGCAAGUGAGCACAGUGAUAUAGAUGGGCCUGCACCAGAGCACCAUGUCCCUUGCCAUCCACAUACUGGCUUGCAUAUUCGGCACAGGUUCAUGGGUUGCCAUCAAUGGCCUUUGGGUGGAGCUUCCGCUUAUAGUGAAUGUUUUGCCUGAAGGAUGGGACUUGCCCUCUUAUCUCACUGUCAUCAUUCAACUAGCCAAUGUGGGACCCUUGUUUGUCACGCUCAUGCACAAGUUUGCGCCAGGGAAGAUGAAAGAGAUUGUUGCCAUCCAGAUUAUUGUUAGCAUUGGAAUCUUGGCCAGCUUGCUGAUGGUGUUCUUCUGGAAGGAAACUACAUCACUGGCAGGCACACCUCGCAGUAUGGCGUUUCUGACACUCGCCUUCUUCUUGUCUCUAGUGGACUGCACAUCUUCAGUGACCUUCCUUCCCUUCAUGAUGAGACUCCCGACUAAGUACAUGACUACCUACUUCAUUGGAGAAGGUCUGAGUGGCUUCAUUCCUGGCCUUGUGGCACUGGGCCAAGGUUCUGGGAUGACCAAGUGCGUGAAUGUUUCAAAGCCAGUCAAUGUGACAACUGGUAACUUCACAGAAGAGGUGCAUGGUCACCAGAUUGAAGCUCAGUACUUGCCUGCCAACUUCUCCACAGAGACAUUCUUAGCUUUCCUCACAGUUAUGAUGAUUUUCUGCCUGCUGGCCUUUGUUUUCCUCACACGGGUUCCUCACAAGAUGUUUCACAAAGAUCAAGUGUCUAAUGAGGUGUCACAUGUCUCAGCCACUGAACUGGAACUGAAUAAGUACAUCUCUGAGCGGCCAGCAGACACACAGAGCUUCAGUCUUCAUGAUCCAGGGAAGGCAAUAGAUAAAGCUAAGCUUGCAGCCGAAACACAAAGUGUGGCACUCAGUGCAUUCACUAAGUAUUCCAAGCACCAACUUCUCUUCAUUUAUCUUCUUGUUGUCUGGGUGAAUUCAUUGACCAAUGGUUUCUUACCAUCAGUGCAGACAUAUUCAUGCUUACCCUAUGGAAACAUUGCUUACCACCUGUCUGCUGCUCUGGGUUCCAUGGCCAAUCCUGGUGCCUGUGUUAUUGCUCUGUUUGUACCCAACAGAUCCUUGGUGCUGCUGGGAUUCCUGUCUCUGGUUGGCACAGCGUUUGGUGCCUAUAAUAUGGCAAUGGCUGCCUUGAGCCCGUGUCCUUUGUUACAACACUCUGAGGCUGGAGCCAUCCUGAUUGUGCUUUCGUGGAUUUUGUUUUCUGGCACCUUAUCGUAUGUCAAGGUAAUGAUUGGAGUCAUUUUUCGUGAUGAGAGUCACAGCGCUUUGGUAUGGUGUGGAGCAGCAGUGCAACUGGGAUCAAUGAUUGGAGCAUUGAGCAUGUUCCCACUUGUAAAUGUGUAUGAUAUUUUCACCGCUGGGGAUAGCUGUAACAUGAAUUGCUCUCUGUAAACCCUCCGAAAAUAAUUCCAGAUGGGGGAAGAAAGCUACGGCAAUGAAGAAACAAAAUAUUACUACUAUCUGUGCUGACUAAACAAUCUCAUUGUUACUGUAUCAUUGCACAAACAGUUUCCAAGAGUCGAUUCACAUGUUAAAUCACUCAUCAAAAAAACGUAGAUUUAAAUCUGUAACUUUUGAAAUUCUGAAUUGAAUCUUGAGGGUUUUACCCCUUUUUAAGUGUAUUCCCCUGUUUAAUGCAUAUGAUUUGCUGAGCUCAGCCUAGAAAUAAGCAGUUUCCAGUACUUGACACUGAUCUGGUAUAUGCAAAUAAAGAUAAUGUUAAACACAAGAGAUUUAGGAAUGAGAUUUUUUUUCAACAAAGCAUUAUGAAGGUGUUACCACACUCCCGAAUGUAGUGAUAGACAAUGAGAUUGUGUUGACAUUUAAGAAAAAAGGAAUAGGGAGGUGUUUGAUUGAAAAGAGGAAGUAAUAUGGGGUUAGGUAGAUACCUGUACACAGUUAAAGAUAACAUUUUAUUGACACAUGAUGUAACAUAACACAUUAAAAACAAUUAUGACUUACCCCAAAACCUGGCUGUUUAAUGUUAGAAAAGAAUGCAAGAUCUUUCACCUAUUCAGCUCUACAUUUCUGUUAAGAACUGAAGAAUUCACUUGGAUACCUUGGCUGGGUCUUUGGUUCUGGCAAUGAGUGUUGCUGUGAACAAGUUUCUCGUGGGUGUGAGUGCACGAAUCGGAGAUAAUACAUUGUUCACAGUCUGUCAGUCACUUCCAAUCAAACUGUAAAAUGACAAAUAAACAGAGAAAGCAUUAAUAUUUACUUGACCCUUAAAUAGUGAGAAUAACAUUUUUCUUCCACUGUUUUACAUGAUUUAAGCUGUUAGUUUUUUUAUUCCUACAUGAGAGAAUUAGUGGCAAAGCCAGCAUUUGUUUCUCAUUUCAAUUUGCCCUUGAGCUGAAUGGCUUACUCAGCGAUCUCAGGGAGAAAUUUAUUGUCAACCACAUUGCUGUGGGUCUGGAGUUACAUGAAGGCCAGACCAGGUAACGAUGGCAGAUUUCCAUCCCUGAACAACAUGGGUGAAGUACAUGGGUUUUUAUGACAAUUGAUGAUAGCAUCAUGGUCCCCAUCAGCGAAACAGAUUUAAUGUUUCAAAUAUCGUAUAAAUUCCUCAGACACGCUUUUCACCAUUUGGCAUCUGUCAGCUGAAUAUUCUGAUUCUUGAUCAGGAUUCAAAAUAAGGGUCUGAGGAAGGGUCACUGAGCCCGAAACGUUAACUGUGAUUUCUCUCCAAAGAUGCUCACAGUGCUGCUACGCUUUUCCAGCAUUUCUACUUUUGUUUCUAAAUUCCAGCAUUGGCAGUUAUUUUGGUUUUUAUUCAAAAUAAAAUUGUUUCUUACAGAGCUUUCUCUGAGUUUGUUUUUCAAAGGGCUGCUUUUAUAUUUGAAGAGCAGCUUCUAACUUGGAUGGCUACUUAUUGGU